GUUCUUCCCCUCGUUCGUUCUCUCUGCUUCCAUUGCAGUUUCCUUGCAGGCCCAUCCAACAUGGCGGGCCUGCGGGCAACACGGAGGACUUUAUCGCCUGACCCCAAAGUAGGAGUUUUGGCUACUCUGCUAGGAUUUUGGCUUUUAGCCAUCCCUGCCUUGUGCAGUGGGCAGACAUUCACUACGUUCCACCCAGAACGCCGGGACUGGUUGUUCAACCACCUGACGGUUCACCAGACCACGGGGGCAUUGUAUAUUGGAGCAGUCAACCGUGUGUACAAGCUCUCAGGCAACCUGACCCUCCUGGUUUCCCAUGAUACAGGCCCAGAGGAUGACAACAAGGCCUGCUACCCCCCUCUGAUUGUCCAGCCCUGCUCUGAGCCCCUUACCUCCACCAACAAUGUCAACAAGCUCCUCCUCAUUGAUUAUUCCCAAAAUCGGUUGCUGGCCUGUGGCAGCCUCUACCAGGGCGUCUGCAAACUCCUCAGAUUGGAUGACCUCUUUAUCUUAGUGGAGCCCUCCCACAAGAAAGAGCACUACCUCUCCAGUGUCAACCAGACUGGGACUAUGUACGGGGUCAUUGUGCCGUCACAGGGCCAGGAUGGCACCCUAUUUAUUGGCACAGCAGUAGAUGGAAAACAGGACUACUUUCCCACCAUCUCCAGUCGAAAGCUGCCCCGUGAUCCAGAGUCUUCUGCGAUGCUAGACUAUGAAUUGCACACUGACUUUGUGUCCUCCCUCAUCAAGAUACCAUCAGACACACUGGCUCUGGUCUCCCACUUCGACAUCUAUUAUGUUUACGGCUUUGCCAGUGGCAGCUUUGUUUACUUCCUGACUGUGCAGCCCGAGACGCCAGAGAACAGCAUGUCGUCGAGCGGAUCCUCCAGUGACCUCUUCUACACUUCUCGCAUUGUCCGCCUCUGCAAAGACGAUCGCAAGUUUCACUCCUAUGUCUCCCUGCCUAUUGGCUGUGUGAAGAACGGCGUUGAGUACCGGCUGCUGCAGGCCGCCUACCUCGGCAAGCCAGGCCGCAUUCUUGCUGUCUCGCUCAACAUAAGCGCCCAAGAUGAUGUGCUCUUCACCAUCUUCUCCAAGGGCCAGAAGCAGUUCCAUCGCCCACCGGAUGACUCGGCGCUCUGCGUCUUCACCAUCCGAGACAUCAAUGCACGUAUCAAGGAUCGCCUGCAGUCCUGCUACCAGGGAGAAGGAAACCUGGAGCUCAACUGGCUGCUUGGGAAGGAUGUGCAGUGCACCAAAGCGCCCGUGCCCAUUGACGACUCUUUCUGUGGUCUGGACAUCAACCAGCCUCUCGGUGGUUCUCAGCUGGUGACCGGUCACACUCUCUACACAGAGACUCGGGACCGAAUGACUUCUGUCACCUCCUACAUCUACAACGGUUACUGUGUGGCCUUCGUAGGCACCAAGAGUGGACGCCUAAAGAAGAUUCGUGUCGACGGGCCGCCUCACGGUGGAGUCCAGUACGAGACGAUGUCGGUCAUCAAGGACGGCAGCCCUGUCCUGCGAGAUAUGGCUUUCUCCCUCGACCGCAACUACCUCUACGUCAUGUCUGAGAGACAGGUUACCCAAGUUCCCAUUGAGUCUUGUGAGCAGUACGGGACCUGUGGAGAGUGUUUGAGCUCCGGGGACCCACACUGCGGCUGGUGUGUCCUGCAUAAUAUCUGCUCUCAGAGGAACCGGUGUGAGCGUGCAGAUGAGCCUUACCGUUUCGCCGCCUCUCUCAACCAGUGUGUGAAGGCCACUGUGUACCCAGACAGCAUUGCGGUGUCAGAGCCCAGUGUACCUCUGCUGGUGAAGGUGAGCCACAGUCCAGACCUUUCUGCGGGCAUCACUUGCUCUUUCGGUAACCUGACGGAGGUGGAGGGACAGGUCAACGGCAACCAGAUAUUGUGUGUGUCUCCUGCUGCCAAGGAUGUCCCCCUCAUUCCCACUGACCAAGAUUGGUCCGGCGUUGAGCUGAGGCUCAACUCUAAGGAGACUGGUCAGAUGCUCAUCAGCACAGAGGUCAAGUUUUACAACUGCAGCGUCCACCAACUGUGUCUGUCUUGUGUGAACAGCGCCUUCCGCUGCCACUGGUGCAAGUACCGCAACUUGUGUACCCAUGACCCAUCCAGCUGCUCGUUCCAGGAGGGACGAGUCAACGCCUCUGAGGACUGUCCCCAACUGGUGCGCUCUGAGGAGAUUCUGAUCCCAGCGGGGGAGGUGAAGCCCAUCACCCUGAAGGCGAGGAACCUUCCCCAGCCCCAGUCCGGUCAGCGAGGCUACGAGUGCGUCCUCCACAUCCAGGGGGUCAGCCACCGGGUCACCGCCCUCCGCUUCAACAGCUCCAGCGUGCAGUGCCAGAACAGCUCGUAUCUGUACGAGGGGAUGAAAAUCAGUGAGCUGCCUGUGGAUUUCUCGGUGGUGUGGAACGGCAACUUCAUUAUUGAUAACCCGGAGGAUAUCCAAGUGCACCUGUACAAGUGUGCAGCCCAGCGUGACAGCUGUGGCACGUGUCUGAAGGCGGAGAGGAAGUUCCAGUGCGGCUGGUGCAGUGGGGAAGGAAGGUGUACUCUGCGGCACCACUGCCCUCCCAUCAAUCCUUACACCACCCGCUGGCUAAACCUGUCCACCAAGAAUGUCAAGUGCACCAACCCACGCAUCGCUGAGGUGACCCCAGUGGCUGGACCGCCAGAGGGAGGAACACGGGUAACCAUCCAUGGCACGAACCUCGGUCUGGCCUUCUCGGACAUGGUGGGCAACGUGGAGGUGGCCGGGGUGAGGUGUUCCCCUGUAGAGGAUGGCUACAUCAUCGCUGAACAGAUUGUGUGUGAGAUGGAUGCCGCUCCUGCAGACAACAGACCUGGUCCAGUCCAGCUGUGCGUUGGAGAGUGCAGACCAGAACUCAGGGCUCGCUCCUCGCAACUCUUCUCCUUUGUGACUCCCACGGUCACAGGUCUGUCCCCUAGCAGAGGUCCAGAGUCUGGAGGCACCAAAGUCACCAUAAUGGGAGAAAACCUCGGCGCCGGCAGCAGUGUCAACGUUCAGUUUGGAAACCAGACGUGCGAGUUCUUUGGACGGACCAUGACGGAGAUAGUGUGCUACUCCGCCCCUUCCCUGUCUGGGGUCGGCCAGGUGCAGAUCAGCGUGAGCGUGGACCGCGCCCAAGUCAGGGAGAGCCUCACCUUCGAGUACAUAGAGGACCCCACCGUCCAGCGCAUCGAACCUGACUGGAGCAUUGCGAGCGGCCACACCCCCUUGAUGGUGUCAGGGACCAAUCUGGACGUGGUUCAGGAGCCGAGGAUCCGUGUCAAAUAUGCCGGCCGGGAGUCUGUCAAUGUGUGUAAAGUAUUGAACAGCACCAGUAUGAGCUGCUUCGCCCCCUCCCUGAUGACAGAGUACAGUCCAGGUUUGGACACGGUCAAACACGCAGACGAGUUUGGGUUCAUCUUCAACAACGUCCAGGCGCUGCUGGUCUACAACAACACCAACCUCCUCUACUACCCAAACCCUUACUUUGAGCCCCUCAGCACUACUGGAGUCCUGGAGCAAAAACCGGGCUCACCCAUCAUUCUCAAGGGCAGAAACCUGGUUCCCCCAGCAUCAGGAGGGGUGAAGCUUAACUACACUGUGCUGAUCGGAGAGACUCCCUGCUCCGUCACUGUGUCUGAGAGCCAGCUGCUCUGUGAGCCGCCCAACCUCACCGGACAAUACAAAGUCAUGGUUCAGGUAGGCGGUCUCCACGUCUCUCCUGGUUCGGUCCGCAUAAUUUCUGACAGCCUGCUGACCCUACCUGCCAUUGUCAGCAUCGCUGCUGGCGGAGGCCUCCUCCUCAUCAUCGUCAUCCUCGUCCUCAUCGCCUACAAGCGAAAGUCGCGCGAAAAUGACCUCACCCUGAAGCGCUUGCAGAUGCAAAUGGACAACCUGGAGUCACGAGUCGCCCUGGAGUGCAAAGAAGCCUUUGCAGAGCUGCAGACAGACAUCAAUGAGCUGACCAGUGACCUGGACAGAGCUGGUAUCCCCCAUCUGGACUACAGGACAUACGCCAUGAGGGUCCUCUUCCCCGGCAUAGAGGAUCAUCCUGUCCUCAGAGAACUGGAGGUGUCAGGGAAUGGCCAGCUGAACGUGGAGAAGGCCCUGAAGCUGUUUGGCCAACUCAUCAACAACAAGGUGUUCCUGCUCACCUUCAUCCGAACCCUAGAAAUGCAGCGCUCGUUCUCAAUGAGGGACCGUGGCAACGUGGCCUCACUUAUCAUGACGGCCCUGCAGGGGCGACUCGAGUACGCCACCGACGUCCUCAAACACCUGCUGUCAGACCUCAUCGACCGCAACCUGGAGAGCAAGAACCACCCCAAACUGCUGCUGCGCAGAACGGAGUCGGUUGCAGAGAAGAUGCUUACAAACUGGUUCGCCUUCCUCCUCCACAAAUUCCUCAAGGAGUGUGCUGGGGAGCCUCUGUUCAUGCUGUACUGCGCCAUCAAGCAGCAGAUGGAAAAGGGGCCCAUCGACGCCAUCACUGGAGAGGCCCGCUACUCCCUUAGUGAAGACAAGCUCAUCCGCCAGCAGAUCGAGUACAAAACCUUGAUCCUGAACUGUGUGAACCCAGACAAUGAGAACAGUCCAGAGAUUCCGGUUAAGGUGCUCAACUGUGACACCAUCACCCAAGUGAAGGAGAAGAUACUAGACGCGGUUUACAAGAACAUGCCCUAUUCUCAGCGGCCACGUGCCGUCGACAUGGACCUCGAGUGGCGACAGGGGCGUAUGGCUCGGGUGGUGUUGCAGGAUGAAGACAUCACUACGAAGAUAGAAAAUGACUGGAAGAGACUCAACACUCUGAUGCACUAUCAGGUGUCAGACCGCUGCGUUGUGGCUUUGGUGCCCAAACAGACCUCAUCAUACAACAUUCCUUCCUCAGCCAGCAUAUCCCGCUCCUCUAUCAGCAGAUAUGAUUCUUCAUUCCGCUACACGGGCAGUCCCGACAGCCUCCGCUCACGUGCUCCCAUGAUAACCCCUGAUCUAGAAAGUGGUGUGAAGGUGUGGCAUUUGGUGAAGAACCACGAACACGGAGACCAGAAGGAAGGAGACCGCGGUAGCAAGAUGGUCUCUGAGAUUUAUCUGACCAGGCUGCUAGCUACCAAGGGUACUCUACAAAAAUUUGUGGACGAUCUUUUUGAGACGUUGUUCAGUACAGUUCACCGAGGGAGCACUCUUCCCCUCGCCAUCAAAUACAUGUUUGACUUCCUGGAUGAGCAGGCAGACAAACAUGGCAUUCAUGACACUGAUGUACGUCACACGUGGAAAAGCAACUGCCUUCCAUUGCGUUUCUGGGUGAACGUGAUCAAGAACCCGCAGUUCGUGUUUGACAUCCAUAAGAGCAGCAUCACGGACGCCUGCCUGUCUGUCGUAGCUCAGACCUUUAUGGAUUCCUGCUCCACUUCUGAGCACCGUCUGGGAAAAGACUCUCCAUCCAAUAAGCUGCUCUACGCUAAAGAUAUCCCCAAUUACAAGAGCUGGGUAGAGAGGUACUACGCUGACAUCAACCGGCUGCCGGCCAUCAGUGACCAGGACAUGAAUGCCUAUUUGGCAGAACAGGCCAGACUCCACUCCACAGAGUUUAACAUGCUCAGCGCUCUCAAUGAGAUCUACUCUUACAUCAGCAAGUACAGUGAGGAGAUCACAGCAGCCCUGGAGCAGGACGAACAGGCGAGGAAGCAGAAGUUGGCCUACAAGGUGGAGCAGCUCAUCUCUGCCAUGUCCCUCGAGAGCUGAGAGCGACCGCCACUCAAAGAGAGAGAGAGGACGAGUUAGAGACAGGAACGCAGUCUCUACAGAGCCUCCCAAAACGGUCCCGAAAUUACUUACCUCUCACCGUGGGAGCUAGAACCACGAACCAGACCUGGGACCUCUCUGCAUCCACAGCCGGACAGACAUACAACUGCUUUAGUUUGUAAUCUCUCACCUCCUUCCAUGAUGGCACCAGCUAAGGGCCCACAGACUGAGAUAGAGGCCCCUGUAGCUGGAGCUAAUAAUGGCAUCAGCAGAGAAAGGCAACAACAUGGCUUGUAUUUAUAUUUUUUAUUUUUGUCUCUUUUUCUCUCAGUUUGACAGGAAACUGUAUGUUGUGUGUGUGUGUGUGUGUGUGUGUGUGUGUGUGUGUGUGUGUGUGUGUGUGUGUGUGUGUGUGUGUGUGUGUGUGUGUGUGUGUGUGUGUGUGUGUGUGCACGAGUGUGUGUUUGUGGCGUACUGAGGAAGACUCCUGCAAGAACGAGAGAGCAAAUGGAGGAACAAAUUUAUUCCCCACCAAGUCAGAAACUCACAUUUGAGUGUGAAAUGGAGACAAAAAAAAAGGCGAGAAGCACGAGGAGAGGAUCUCAUGUUGGACAGCUGAGUUUGCAUUCAGAUUUCUCAGAUUUUAUUUUUGUACUUGUACAUUUGAAUAUUAUCAGUUGCAGUUGAAAAAUCCACCCAGGAUCCCAUAGGUGUUGUUGUAUAAAGACAUUAAGAGUACAACACUACAUGAGCGUAGUGCGGUAGUGAAACGGACCGUUGUCCAAGUCUUCUCUCACUCCUUCCCUUGGACUUUGGACUGAUGCUUCACGUGACACGGACAAAACCUCUUUCCUUUUUAUCCAAUCAGAAGUGUACAGGAAAAACAUGAAACUUGUGCUCAUCAUCAAAGAGUCAACGGAACUCUGCUCGUGGUGGUCACAGUUCAGCCGGCAUGCUUGCACCUAACCUGAGGAUGACGGAGAUAAAGUCUAUAGUGUAUUUAGGAGAUGACCUUAAAUCAUCAUCAUCAAUCUGGUGU